AUGCCUGCAGAACGGCCUCUGUUCACGGUCCCCUCUGGGGCUGCAGCCAAAGUCAGCAUCAUCGACUCAACCCUGAGACUGGGUGGCAUAAAAUUCAAUCAGAUGUGUAAAUCCCCACCCGGGGGUCUUCACAAUUUUCCUGUGUUACCGACAUGGUCGUUUUUGAUCGAGAGCUCGAACGGAAAAAAGGCCCUGUUCGACCUGGGCGUGCACCUUGAUCUCACCAGAUACGUCCCGAGAAUCCAGCAAUUCAUCAAGGAUGAUGGGUGGACACCAGAGGCCAGAGAGCAUGUUGCAGACAUCAUCAAGAGACAUGGCAUGGAUCCCAAGGAGAUAGAUAGCGUCAUCUGGAGUCAUUACCACUUUGACCACACCGGCGAUCCGACAACGUUCCCGUCGAGUACGGAGGUCGUCGUGGGUCCGGGCUUCAAGGACACCUACUUUCCGGGAUAUCCCACGAAGCCGGAGUCCCCGAUGACAGAACAGGACCUCGGCGGUCGGGAAGUCCGCGAGAUCAACUUUGCAGGUCAUAAUUUGAAAGCGGGACCUUUCUCGGCGUAUGACUUCUUCGGCGACGGGUCAUUCUAUCUCCUCGACACGCCAGGCCACUGCCUGGGCCACAUGGCUGGUCUCGCCCGGACCUCUAAGGCUGAGGAGGGGUCAGAUGAAGGAGACACCUUCAUCAUGAUGGGCGGCGAUCUCUGUCAUCAUGGCGGAGAGAUCCGUCCUUCACCGUAUCUGCCCCUGCCGGAUCAGCUGCCGUCAUCGGUAGGGGGAGGGUCCGCUGCUGCGUUCCGGCAGUUGAAUACGAAACGCGGUAAAAGUGCUGAUGAGCCGUUCCUUGAGCCAAGUCCCUGCUUUGACCAAGCAUUAUCGGACCAGACGAUUGAGUGGACACAGAUUGUCGAUGCUGACCCAAACGUGUGGGUCAUAAUUGCGCACGACACAGCGCUCUUGGAUGGGAUCGAUCUUUUUCCCGAGGCUGCGAAUAACUGGAAAAAGAAAGCAUACAAGGAGAAGACCAUGUGGAAAUUUCUUGAGGAUUUGAAGCCUGCUUGUUGA